AUGAAUCAUGAAGAGGCAAUUUUUAGGUGCGCUGACAUGACUUAUGUGGAGCUUUACAUUCCACUUGAACUGUCGAGAGAGAUUGUGUGUGUUUUGGGCAAUCUGGGAAACAUUAUGUUUAGAGAUAUGAACACCGAUCUAAGUACCUUCCAACGCACGUACAUCAAUCAAUUACGGAAAUUUGACGAGAUUGAGAGGCUUAUUAACUACAUGCGAGAAGUGACUGCGAAACAUCCAUUUGCAUCAUGGAAAAAGCGAUCGGGGUCACAGGCUAGUGUUGAGUUCGAUGGAAGCGCGUCUCAGCAUUUUAACCUGGGGCGAUUGGUGAUGUCAAUGCAGACGCACUCGAUGGACUCCAUCAGUAGCGCGACAGCAGAAAUAACGGAAUUCGAAGCGCGGGUGCGGCAGCUUGACGUCUCAUUAGAGAAUUUACAGAAACGUCUCAAUUUGCUGGUCGAAAAUCGGCAUGCGGUUUUUGAGUGCGGCCGGUUUUUGGAAGUAAAUCCCGGAUUGGCUGGGCAGAUUCCAAGCACGUCGCAUCCCGACAGUGAAAGACUUGCCGUUGAUGAUUUCAGGCUUACGGAGGAUGACGUGAGCGAUACUUUGAGCGACACCUUUUCUUUUGACAGCCCGCCGCCACAUACGAACAACUCUUCUCCUGACGAUUCAGGGACAACAAAUUUUGAGGAGAGUUUCAGCCAAAGCACUACGGUCAUUGGUACCAUUAGCAGGACGAAAAUUGACACACUCAACAAGAUUUUGUGGAGAAUACUCCGAGGAAACUUGGUUUUUCAUCAUAUUCCCAUAGAUGAACCUUUGUAUGAAGGCGAUACGCUGAUAGAAAAGGAUUGUUUUAUUGUAUUCACUCACGGUGAGAUGCUAAUCAGACGCGUAAGACGUGUCGUAGAAUCUUUAAAUGGCCGCAUUUUUCCUUUGAAGGCCAGCCAAACUGAUAUUCAAAAGUUGAACGCUCAAAUUACCGAUCUGCAGCAGGUCUGUGAUGCAACAGAACAGACUUUACAGACUGAGCUAUUGAUUGUAUGUGACCAAUUGACCCAUUGGACGGCGUUGGCGAGAAGAGAAAAAUACAUUUAUGCCACACUGAAUUUAUUCCGGCAAGAGUCUCAAGGCUUGGUCGCCGAAGGUUGGGUUCCUUCUAGUGAACUUGUUCGUGUUUCAAAUGCUUUGAAGGAGUACAGUGAACAAAUAGGUGCAGAAAACUCCGCAGUGGUAAGCGUCAUCAACACUAACAAAUCUCCACCGACUUUCCAUAGGACGAAUAAAUUUACGGAGGCGUUUCAAACAAUAGUUGAUGCUUACGGUAUUGCAACAUAUAAAGAAGUUAACCCCGGUUUGGCCACGAUCGUUACUUUCCCUUUCAUGUUUGCAAUUAUGUUUGGCGAUUUGGGUCAUGGAUUUAUUUUGUUUCUGGUUGGUCUUUAUUUAGUCCUCAAUGAGAGGAAAAUUUCCGAGAGGCCUAGAGAUGAAAUUUUCGACAUGGCCUUCACUGGGAGAUACGUUAUUAUUCUGAUGGGUGCCUUUUCCAUUUACACAGGGUUUCUUUACAAUGACAUCUUUUCCCUCUCAAUGACAAUUUUUAAAUCUGGUUGGAAAUGGCCCUCUGAUUUCAGGGAAGGAGAUUCGAUCGAAGCCAGCCAAACCAGUGUUUAUCCGUUUGGAUUGGAUCCAGCUUGGCAUGGUACGGAUAACGGCUUAAUCUUCAGCAAUUCCUAUAAAAUGAAGCUUUCUGUUCUCAUGGGCUUCGCGCAUAUGACAUAUUCCCUUAUGUUCUCAUUGGUGAAUUAUAGAAGACGCCACUCAAGAGUCGAUAUAAUUGGUAACUUCAUACCCGGAUUUGUUUUCAUGCAAUCCAUCUUCGGCUACCUGUCGUGGGCCAUCAUUUUUAAAUGGUCUAAAGAUUGGAUCAAAGAUGAGAAACCGGCUCCUGGCUUGUUAAACAUGCUGAUAAAUAUGUUUCUCUCGCCAGGUAUAGUAGAUGAGCAACUCUACCGGGGUCAAGCUUUCCUACAGGUUGUUUUGCUUUUGGCAGCUCUUGUGUGUGUUCCUUGGCUUCUUCUGUACAAGCCUUUGAAGUUAAGAGCUGACAACAAGCAAGCAGUUUCCCAAGGAUACCAAAGCAUUCAUGACCAGAACAUUUCUGAGAGCCUUCUAGAAACUCAAGCAAAUGCGGGAGACGAAAUGGUUAUUACGGACUUUGAUGAAGGGGAGCAUGGGACAUUUGAUUUCGGAGACGUCAUGAUUCAUCAAGUGAUUCACACUAUAGAGUUUUGCUUGAACAGUAUAUCACAUACAGCCUCCUACUUGAGAUUAUGGGCUCUCUCAUUGGCGCAUGCCCAACUUUCGAGCGUUUUAUGGACAAUGACCAUUGCGAAUGCAUUCAGUUCGGAUAAUUCGGGCUCACCUCUGGCGGUCAUAAAAGUUGUAUUUUUAUUUGGCAUGUGGUUUGUUUUAACAGUGUGCAUUUUGGUGUUGAUGGAGGGCACUUCGGCAAUGCUACAUGCUUUGCGACUGCACUGGGUCGAAGCCAUGUCCAAAUUUUUCGAGGGAGAGGGAUAUGCUUACGAGCCGUUCUCGUUCGAUAAAAUAGAUGAUAAUAUUUAG